AAAAUAUUGAAUAUUAUGGAAAGCAGUUUAGAGAACUCGGUCACUUAUGGUGCUCCAGAAAAGGAAGUUUUAUUCGAGAGAUAUUUUCCUGACCAUCUGAUGUACUGUGAUGAUAUUGCAAAUAUAACAGACAAGAUUUAUAUCGCAUCUGGCUGGACGAAAGCCGUUUACAAGGGAACGUAUAAGGGGUCACCUGUCGCCUUAAAGACAGUUGAUGUCAAAGGUCAGGAUGUUACAACGUGUAUGGAUUCUGGAAAGUCAGAAACAGCAUGCUUCGUGAAAGCUGCCAAAAAGAUUGUCAAAGAAAUUGUUCUGCUACAGGCGUUAGCUGGUGAAAAUGUUUUAAAGGUGCUUGGCUUCUGUCUACCGCGCAAUGUAGGCGACAGUCUGAGGGUUGCUAUGGUAACGGAAUUAGGAGAAGCCGUAGAUUUAAUAAAACUGCUGCAAAUGUCAUGGGAAGACAGACUUAGAGUAUGUUUGGAUAUAACGAGGAUUGUAAACUUUAUGAGCCAGACACCGUACGGUUCCAUGUCCAUGAACGACUUCCGGCGCCAGCAGUUUGUCCUAGUUGGUGGCAACUUGAAGCUUUCCGACGUCGACGACACAGGGUUCGAGGAUCAUACAUGUCGGACCUCAGACGACUGUAAUGUAAUAUUUUCUAGUGCUAAUUUCUCUAAGAGGACUAAUUGUCGUCAAGGAAGAUGUAUACAAUGCAACGAAAUGAAAAACUUGUUCAAUGCCGGUCGCCAUUUUGUGAUAUUCCUCCUUCCCCAUGGUGCCCCAGUAAGGCUUCAGCCAAUUAUAGACGGCAUUGUGGAAGGAUACACCAAUCUCACCAUGUCGUCAGAAGAGCUACUGAAACAAAUGAAUAAGCUUGUGGCAUUGUAUCAGUCAGGAUGGUACCUAAACAGAACAAAUUCCAACUCCAGUUACAAAAAGAUGGAACAGUCGGACUUGCCGGGCCAAUACGAUUAUCGCUGCCGACUGUCUGUCUCUAUGGCAACUUGCACAGUUUCGGUCUUUGAUCUGCUGGAGGCUGAAGAAGUUUGUAAUAACGACGAGGAGUGUCAGGGCUUUGUUGUGACACAACAGAAAACAUGGACAGGUAGACGUUUGAUACAUUUAAAGAAUGGCAAAGGUUUACCAACCUCCAAUCGAAAAACAACAUUAUAUAUCAAGCCCGUUAUAUAACUCAAACGGUUUCAAACUGUCAAUGGACAAUGAAUUAUUAGGGAUAGAUGCUCUAUAUCGCAUCUUUCGUCAUCAAUUUGUGAUUAAUCCAGCCUGAGUCGACACAUUUGAAAGAACUUGUCCAAUAUUCAUAAUGACUUCUUUCGCUGGACAGAAGAAGUCAAGACUAACCAAAUGUGCAGAUACGAUUAGUCAAGUUAUAGGUUGGAAACGCUUUCAAAAGUACGUCUUAUUCCACUGAAAGAACUACAGUAACUGUGAUACGUUCGUACCGUUAAAAUGUUUAUCUUCAACGGAAGCGUUUUGAAAAUAACGUUUUCUGGCGUUUCAUAAAAGAUAAAAUAUCCAAGCCAGAUGUGUUGAACGAAAUAGAUAUGUUAUAAAUACUGACUUUACAUCUGGAACAUGCCUCGUUUAACGUAAAGCCAAAACAUGUUGUUAAAGCUUUAAAUCUACAAUACUACUUGUACUAUAAGAAAGACUGGAUACAUUAUAUACAUGAUUAGAUUUCAAAGGCGGAAUUAAUUGUUUAAUAAUCAAUCGCACAUCUGUUUGAAAUUAGUAUUAGUAUUUAUUGGGUUUAACGUCGCACCAAUACAUUCAUUGUUUGAAAUUAAUGAUACAGGAAAAUAGUUGUUCAUAUUUUGGUCAUAUGAGCAAUGACCUAAGCGUACAAUAAGUAAGAAAUGACCUUUUUUUUUUAUCUUUGACAGUUAAUGGCAAAGAUGAUGUCUACCAUUUCAGCAUUGUUUUAAAUUUAUAUAUGCUGUGAUAUGAAGCUUCUGUAUAUCUGUUAUUUUGUUACAUGACUUUUAUCUCACUGUUUUUGCAAAAUAUUUACAUUUUAGGUAGAAAAUUAUUGUUACACAUGGAUAUAUGAGAUAGAAUAUAUAAUUUUUGAGCUGGUCAGCUCAGAAAAAGGACCAAGAUCCAAAACAUGUUAUAUAUUGUUAAAUUAUUAAAUACACGAUGUUGGCUUGUUAUUAAUAAUAGUGUGUAUUGUCCAGUAAUUGAACCUUAUUUGUUACGUGAAAUCUGAUUGGUUAAAAGGGGUAAUGUUAUCAGAUUUUAUACUCGCUAAUAUAAUUUUCUAAGUUAGACCAUUUUCUAUGCAAUGAUAACAGUAUUGACCACCAAAAAUUUGGAACAGUUUAUUUUCUUAAAUGCCUAGAGUAAGGACACUAAGAAAUGUGAAAUCAAGCUGGAAAUACGUGCUUUCAAUACUACUGUUUUUGUCAUAGCUAUAGUUGUAUUAAACCCGUAAAAUAUCAACAACAACAACAGAAAAAAAGAAAACUGUUCUUACAUGUAAAGUUCUACAUCAAUGUGAUUACAGUAAAUUAGAUAAAUAAAUAAAAAAUAAAAUCAAACCAGCACUUAUAUAAUAAUUACACAUUAAUUGAGAUUUAUAAAAUUGAGCGUAUAUAAAUUUUGUGUUCACGAUUUUAACUUGUGUAAACAAUACCCAUUUGCAAACAGUAUUCUUAUCACGAUGCAUAUCACAUGUUUAAGACAAAAUUAUUUCAAUAAAUUUGCUUUAUACCGGACAAGCGUAUAUCUUCUUUUUCAUUAUACGGAGAUUCUAAUAGAAAAAGCGGGUUUAUUGUUGUUCUUGUAUGUAUACGUAGAAACAAAAGUUUGUCUGGGUCAAUAUAGUCAUUCGUUCGUCCAUCCGUCCAUUUUUCUCUCCUUACGAAAUACAAAACAACAACAUUAUUUUCAUAAGGAAGAGCACGUUGUGGCAACGUUUGUAUUGCCCGAACAAAAGGCAGGCAAUAGUAUCAAAUUCGUCCCAAUAUGUGUUUGAAACCACCAACAAAAUCUGAGACUUCAUACGCCAGUAUUUCUUAGAUUUUGAAUAUAUCUUAAUAAAUUAACCUUACCACUGUCCAUGGUAAAGUUUCUCAUAUAAUUACGAAAAUCCAAACACCUUUAUUGUAUAUCAUAGAAUGGAGGUCACAGAAAUUAUAUUAUCUAUCAACAAGAUUUCUUCCGCGAAGUAAAUCAUAAUAUUUGUAUCAAUUAAUGCUAGUGCUGGUAUAUAUUGUAAGACUUUAACAAUGUAAUACUGAAAUAAACGGCAACAAAACUU